GGUGCACUUGCAGUAAGAAGAAGAGAUGUUGUGAAUCUUAAUGAUAAUAAUUGGUGUGUGCAUGAGAAUCAUUGGACAAUUGUAAAAUGGCGCGUAAUGCAGAGAAAGCAAUGACGACAUUGGCUCGUUGGCGCGCUGCCAAGGAAGCCGAGUCUGGAGAGAAAGAUCGACGUCCGUACUUGGCGUCGGAGUGCACAAGUCUGCCUAAGUGUGAAAAGUAUCGUUUAGAGAUUAUACGUGAAAUCUCUAAAAAGGUUGCACAGAUCCAAAAUGCUGGUUUAGGUGAAUUCCGAAUACGAGAUUUAAAUGAUGAAAUUAAUAAGUUGUUACGAGAAAAGAGACAUUGGGAAAAUCAAAUAUCAGCCUUGGGUGGACCGCAUUAUCGACGCUAUGGACCAAAAAUGUUUGAUGCCGAAGGACGAGAAGUACCAGGCAAUCGUGGCUACAAGUAUUUUGGUGCUGCGAAAGAUUUACCUGGAGUGCGUGAACUAUUUGAGCAAGAACCGCCAGCGCCCCAACGUAAAACGCGCGCCGAACUUAUGAAGGAUAUUGAUGCCGAAUAUUACGGCUAUCGAGACGAUGACGAUGGCACUUUAAUACCAAUAGAAGAACGUAUUGAACGCAUAGCUAUACAAAAGGCUUUGCAAGAGUGGAAAGAAAAAAUGGCACGUGAUGGACAUAUUGAUGAAGAAGAAGAAGAGGAGAUUUAUGGUUCUCUCAAGACAACCGCCGAGGAUAACGAAGACGGUGAGGAAAGCGGCAAGCCGGCGUCGAAAAUAACAGUAAGCGAUCCAUUGGAUAUGUUAGCACCGCGUUUCACAGCACAUGUACCCGUGCCUACGCAGAAAGAUAUUGAGGAGGCCUUACUGAAGAAACGGAAACAGGAGCUAUUAGAAAAAUAUGUUGGAACUGAUUAAGAAUUUUAAACCUAGAAAAUUUGGAUAGGACAAAGCUUGGCCGCAUACACACAUACAGACGUUGGAUGGCCUGUAAAUGUGUGCAGUUAUUGAGCAAGGCGGCGAAUUCAGAAUAAUUUCUCUAUAAGCUAAAGGUUCUCCAAAAAUUUCUUGGUAUGAGAUCAAGAAUGAUUUGUAUUGGAAAAAGAAUUGACGUCAGACUUGUCAAAGU